AUAUAAUUUCUUAUACUUUUUUAUUUUAAUGCCAUGUUGGCGACAUUGACGAGCUGUCAAAAUUUGGCAGACCGGGCCGGAUGUUUGUUCUCUCUUUCUUUUCGUGUUAAUUUUUGUGUGUCAGGACGUUGAGAGAACGUCAUGCCUUUCGCGCGAUUUGUAGAACCAGGGCGAGUCGCCCUGGUAGCUGAUGGGCCCUUGAAGGGAAAAUUAGUCAGCGUGGUCGACGUCAUUGAUCAGACACGAGCUCUUGUAGACGGUCCUGGCAGCGGUGUUUCAAGACAACAAAUCCGCCUGAACCAAUUGCACCUAACCAAGUUCAGACUUAAGUUUCCCUUCACAGCACCUACACGGAUCGUAAGGAAAGCCUGGACAGAGGCUAAGUUGAACGAAAAAUGGACAGAAAGCCAAUGGUCACAGAAGUUGGCAAACAAAGAGAAACGCGCCCAGAUGACGGACUAUGACAGGUUCAAGUUGACGUCGGCGCGUGUCAAGCGAAACCGUGCGAGGACUGCGGUGUUCAAGAGCCUGAAGGUGAAGGCAGCACGCGCGGGCUCCUUUGGCAAGAAGAAGAUCCCUAAAACGCCAGCGAAGAAGCCACGCACCAAGAAACCUGCCGCCAAGAAACCAGCGAAGAAGUAAUUCUUUUGUGUCUGAAAGUUUUAAGUGACAAAGACUAAUCAUAUUAAAAGAAUUACUUUAAGCUA